UACAAGGGGGCGUGUCCGCGGCCUUCAUGGAGACGGAACUAGCCGUUGAUGGGAAGCGCAGCAGGGCUGAAUGCGAGACAGAAGUGAAAAUAUUUUAAAGGGUUUUUAAGUCGAUAUAUUUAAACUCGUGAUUUACAAGUUUCCUGAUUACUGUGGUCGCAGGAGGGACAAGAGAUGUUCCAGUUGCGACUGUUGCCGGCGGCGACGGUGGGGCUGGUGCUGGUCACCCGGCGACACCAUGGCUUCACGGCCCCAGGACCGAGCCGGCGUCGCUUGAUGAUGGCUGCAGCCGUGGCCGUGACUGGGAUGUCAGCCAGCGCGGGACUCCUGUGGAAGAGGGCCUAUGCGGAGGUGGGCUCCUCUGUGAAACAUGAUAUGGGUCCUGGGCCAAAGGGGGAAUCUGGGAAGGAGGAGGAGUCUGAAGAGGAGCAGGCAGUAGAGUCCAGUGGGGACGAGGCACCUGCUGAAGGCAAGAAGAAGAAACAGCGAUCGGGAUUCCGUGACCGCAAGGUGAUGGAGUAUGAGAACAGGAUCCGUGCCUACUCCACCCCGGACAAGAUCUUCCGCUACUUUGCCACACUGAAGGUCAUCAGUGAGCACGGUGACUCUGAGGUCUACAUGACGCCCCAGGACUUUGUGCGUUCCAUCACACCCAAUGAGAAACAGCCAGAGAGUCUUGGGUUGGACCAGUUCCUGGUAAAGAGAUACGAUGGCAAGGACUUUUGGCAGACUGAGAAGCUGUCCCAAGAGCGGGAGAGGUUUGCUGAUGAGGACAGUAUUUUCUACACGCUGGGAGAAUGUGGUCUCAUUUCCUUCUCCGACUACAUCUUCCUCACCACCGUCCUGUCCACCCCUCAGAGGAACUUUGAGAUCGCCUUCAAGAUGUUUGACCUGAAUGGGGAUGGAGAGGUGGACAUGGAGGAAUUUGAACAGGUCCAGAGCAUUAUCCGGUCACAAACCAGUAUGGGCAUGCGACACCGGGACCGCUCUGUAACUGGGAACACCCUUAAAUCAGGCUUCAGUUCUGCCCUCACCACAUACUUCUUUGGUGCUGACCUGAAGGGCAAGCUGACCAUCAAGAGCUUUCUAGAGUUUCAAAGGAAACUGCAGCAUGAUGUACUGAAGUUGGAGUUUGAGCGCAAUGACCCUGUGGACGGACGGAUCACGGAGCGCCAGUUCGGUGGGAUGCUUCUGGCCUACAGCGGAGUCCAGUCCCGCAAACUCACACAGAUGCUCAAGAGCCUCAAGAAGCAGUUCAAGGACGCACCGGGAAUAACGUUUGAGGAAGUAGAGAAUUUCUUCACUUUCCUGAAGAAUGUGAACGAUGUGGACACUGCCCUGAGCUUUUACCACAUGGCUGGAGCCUCCAUUGACAAAGCAACGAUGAAGCAGGUGGCGCGCACUGUGGCCAAGGUGGAGCUGUCUGAUCACGUGUGUGAUGUGGUGUUCGCACUGUUUGAUUGUGAUGGAAAUGGAGAGCUGAGCAACAAGGAGUUCAUCUCCAUCAUGAAGCAGCGGCUAAUGCGUGGGUUGGAGAAGCCUAAAGACAUGGGCUUCACACGUCUGGUCCGAGCCAUGUGGAAGUGCGCCCAGGAGACGGCCUGGGACUUCACCUCUACCAAGCAGUAACCAGGGCAGGGCCGAGGGGCAGCUGGGGCAGUCAAUGAAACCUUCUACUGCAGACACCUCUUCUCGGAGCCAAACUCAUUAAAACAUCAGAAACAAUUACUGCAAAACAGCAAGGAAAAAGCAGAGCAAACUCAGCCACAGCAGUGUCUGUUAGCUUGGCCUUGUCAGAAAGUCAUGCAGCAGAAAGGUAUUAUUUAUAUCCGUAACCGGUACUGAGUUACUUUGUGAAUUUAGACAACUUUGAAAAAUGGCCAGUUAAAUAUGGCAGAGCUCUGUACAAACAUAUUUUGCCACCCCUGUUUCUCUUUUGCUAGAAACACACCUGAUGUACCUGGCCCUCACAGACAAGUGUUGCAUUAGCUUUGCACAUCCAAACCCUUGAGUUAUAGUAGCACAAAGCUUACUGAAUAUUCUGCAGCUGUCUGAAGCAUCAGUUGUCUGUCUUUUGUGGGUGUAUCUUCUGGCAGGGGGGUCACAUUUCUGUCCCUUACACCACACAUUUCUGAGUCCUGUGCCUUGGGGUACAGACUACCAGGAAGAGGGAAUUGAGUUCAGUUCAGGAGGAGAUCCAGUUUUUACCACUGAUUAAAGUGUCUUCCUGUAGGGUUUGCUGCACUACAAACAUUGACUUGUAAACAUGUGCUUUUUCUAUACAUAUGUAUGAUGUCAUACUCUAUUAAAUUAACUUUAAAAAAUGCUAA